GAGUUUGCAAUCGCGACUGCCAUUAUUUUACAGUACUGUAUGGUAAUUUCAAAUAUUGCCUAGUUGCGUAACAAACAUGUUUUUUUUUUUUUACGAUCAAACAUAUUAUCAUGGCGAUGUGUUAUGGCCCCUUUGCACAGAUUAUUUUUUUAAGGCAGUGUCGACAUUGCAACUUUUGAUUGGUGCUGGGAGCCUAUUACGAAAACAAAGUUGCGUAAACGCACAAAACUUGCAACGGGGGUGGUGAUAUGUCCACAUAAAGAAAACUUCCGCUUUCACUUUGUGCAGUGAACUCCGUGCAGCCAGAAAAAGGCAAAGUUGCAGUAAAUAUUUGCAUUAAAAAAACACGUUUUGCCUUUAAAUGUUAAACAGUCUUAUGGAAAACGCCGAGUGUGCUACCAUGCCAGGACGGAUUCCGGACCCCUCGGUGACGGCGGGUUCCCUGCCCAGUCUGGGCCCUCUGGCUGGCAUCCCGGCUACCGACACGCUCAAGUUUGGUGAGCUUCAUGAGUUCAAGACGAUGUUGUCGCCGCUCCACUUCAUCGGCAGCUUUGGAAAGAGGCCCCUUGUCAUCAAAACAGAGAGAGAUGAAGAUGAUGAUCGAAGGAAACGAAGGCGAGAGAAAAACAAGGUAGCUGCAGCACGAUGUCGAAAUAAGAAGAAAGAGAGGACGGAUUAUCUACAAAAAGAAUCGGAAAGAUUAGCAAUGUUGAACUCUGAUCUGAAAGCUCAGAUUGAGGAGCUAAAACUUGAACGCCAGCAACUGAUCCACAUGCUUAACCGCCAUCGUCCCACCUGCAUCGUGCGGACGGACAGUGUCCAGACGCCCGAUAGCGAAGCGAACCCGCUGCUGCUGCAGCAGUUGGAGGCCGUGUGAAGGCAUGUCCCGCACGAACAUAAAACGACAACAAGCACUCGGCUUUUAGCUGUAAAAUGGAAGAAGAGCUGCUGAGCCCUUGGGAUGUUGCACCGCAAGAUGUGAAUUGAACUCUGGUGUGACACUUGACUUAACUCCUCUGUUACUGCUCACCUCACCAAUGUCACAUGGCCAAACUCAGAAAACAGGUAAGCUGCGAUUGGUCGUGACCUGAGCCCUGAGUACCUGUGAUGUCAUUUUCAGUCAACAGCAAUUAGCAGAAUGGAUAAAAAAAUGGGUGUAUUUUACUGAUUAAUACACGCAAUAUUAAUAAGAAUGCCGUGUUUAGACAAGUGGGCGCGCAUAGAACAUAUUAUUUUAAAGACACAUUUUGAGUCGACUUCCCCUUUAACACCUAAGUGGCUUUUCUUGUGAUUUCUUUACCAUAUUUUGACGCAGGCGUCAUUUAUAUCGUGUAUUUUACAUAUCAAAUAUACAGUACAUAUGUACUGUUGAUGUAUCUUCUUGUUACCAUUUUAUAUAUAAUUUUGUACUUUUUUAUGAUGUGUAAGUGAAAUGCAAUUUGUAUCCCUUUAAGAAAUACUUUUUUAAAACUAGCAUUUAUUGGCUUGGAGGGUGUUAUUGUAGUAAAUACUUCCAUCUAGUGGCUGGAUAGAAAACCACAC